GACAAGACUGAAGAAGGGGAAUGUGGACGCACAGAAUCAACACCAGACCACCCAGAUGGGGCAGCCUAGGUCACCUGCCCCCCCCGCGUCGACCUCUGAACUACGACCACCGGAAAUGUUUUACCUGCAGACAAGAGGGUCAUUUAGCUUUGAAUUGUGCCAACAAUGAGGAAUCAAUGCCCACAGCUGGGCCAAUGGACUCCACCCAAAAGAGUGGCAGCUAUCUCACCACCUGUUGGGCCCAUGAAGGCCUAAAGGCCCCUAAGCUGCCAGUUAGGAUUGGGAUCUGGGACGCAGAGGCCCUGCUGGACUCGGGGAGUUCCAUGACCCUUAUAAGGCCAGAGUUGACCAGUGGGCCCAUCAUCCCGGUGUCCUGCAAGGUGCAGACCACGAGAGGUACCUUUGAGGUCGAGGCCGGCGUGGUAGAAAAGUUGCCAGUACCAGUGUUGAUUGGGCGGGACUGCCCUAUAUUUUGGCGAUUGUGGGAGCACAGAACCGGGGGUCCAAGGAGAAGCAGUAAAAAGAAGAAACUCCUGGGAAACCGAAAAACAAAGUUGGUACACGCCCUUUCAUCUGAUGAAGAAACCGCUGAAGAAGCUUGGGUUCCGGUAGAGGACCUAGGAAAAGAAGACCCGGGACCGGACGAGACCUCAUCAGAGGAAGUUUUUUUCUGAGUUUUUUUCCCCCGA